AUGAGCAGCUACAGCAGCACCCGGCUGGUUUCCAUAGGCAACUGCGAGCUGUCAAGGUCCGUUGCAAACGAAGCUGCAGCAGGCCGCUAUGUUACUAGUGAACUACAACUUGCUGCUGCUACCCUAGAUACCCGACUGAGAUCCGUUCAGUCAAUCGCAAGCGAAGACGCACCAACCGAGGGUGGAGCCUCACGAAGGUCUUUUGCACUCACUUUUCAUUGCCGGAAAUCGGCUUCUCGCAAGCGUCAGAGAACUGUUAAAGAGGAAGGCCCCGUUGCCCCUGAUGCGUCAUCACGUACAGGGGAACGGGCAACUGAAGAAUGGGCAGAAGCUCCAGAGACCACGUGUGUCCGGAAUAGCACAGCUCAGCUGACGGCUUCUCUCGUCAAGUGGAAAGCGCUGAAAUGUUCCCUCGAUAUGGAUCUCCGCGAACGCAUCUUUGCUUCGCUGAAAAGGUUGCAACUUGAAGAAGAAGCGGGUGAUCAAUCAAGUGAAGGCAAGAAGGAAUGCGGAAAGCUGUUGCAUCUCCUGUGCAGUUCCUUCGCUGGCUUGAUAACGCACGGAUCUCCUGGCUUAGAUGUCAGUCGUACUAUGGAACGGCGUUUUAUUGCAGCGCAUACUUUUUCCGGCAUUGUGGCUGCUGCCUUCAUUGCUGGCCUCGUCUGCAGCGGAGAAGCAGCGGCGGCUUCACGCCGUCUUGAGUUUCAGGCCGGAGAUGCUGUGGCGGUGGUUGCGGCUUUCCUGUAUUCUAUUUUGUUGCUUGCACUUUCAUAUUAUUUGGCAACUCCGCCGAGUCCAGCAGCCGUGCGACGGUCUGUUGAGCUGCACUCGGCUUUUCAAUAUCUGUGGAGCCUCAAGUUCGCGGACUUCCUCCUCGAGAGAAGAGUCGUCACUUCACGGGGUAGAGAUGCAGGAAGAUGGCUGUAA